AUGGCAGGCCGCGCUAAGGCUGGCACUCCCAGACGCUCAGUGCGCAGUCAAAAGAAACAGACCAGCCUCCAGUUUUCUCCCCUCCCGGCUUCCUCUCCUGCAAAAGCGAACCACAGUCCGGCUGUUCAAGGCAGACUUGCAAAUGUCAGAUAUGAGGGCUCCAAGCACAUCUCACACCGACCCGGCGGAGGCAUGGAUGAGAAAACAGCGGAGACUACAUCCUUACCGACUCCAGAACCCUCAUCUCAAGUUGGAGACUCCGGCUAUGUGCUGUCUCAAAGCCCUCCCCAGCCCUCGCUGGCCUUCUCCCCAUUGCCAAAUCUGUCAUCAGAAACAUAUCAAGGUGUGGCGGAAGAGGAUGAGGAUGAUGACUUGAUACCUUCCGCUAAAAAGAGGCGGAGAAUUUUGACAUCUGCACCCGUCACUCAAACACCUGCUUCCACCCGCCCAAGACGGUCAACGCGCUUGCAGUCUAAUUCAGCAUCGCGCCCCAAGUUCUCUUCACGUUCAAGUGAGGAGUCUUUCGCGGAGCCAGAAAGCUCGCCGUCCAGGAGACGUUCAGGAAGGCUACGCCAAGCCGCCCCCGGUCGAUUCGCUCAAUCGCCUGAAUCUCAAUAUCAAUCCUCCGACGAUGCCUUAUCUGAAGAGAAGUCUACCCUUGUUCCUAAGCCAGCAUCCAGACUCUCUGACCUUGGAUCUCCUGAGAGUAGUAGCGAUGAGGACAUUGUGAUGGCAUCUAAACCGACUGCCCGACGACGUCAGUCAAAGGCGAUGCAGCACGAUCCCUUUGUCGUCAAUGAUGAUGAGAUCGAGUAUUUUUCUGACGAGGAGGUCCAGGAAGUCAGAGCGCCAAGAGCUCGAAAGGUCAACAGAGAUGACUUUAUUGUCGAAGACGAUGAGGUGGAGAAUGAUACAUUUGACGAAGCUUCGGAGGACAAUGCGCAGGAGAGGGUCAAGUCUCGCAGACUGCCUGCAAGCCACAAGUCGCCGCACAAACGUCGUAAGUCACAAAGACAGCAGGCAGAACUUGAUGAAGAUCUUAGAGACUUGCAAGAUUCCGACCAGGAACCCAGUGAAGCCAAGACUCGUACAAGAGGCGGACCUGUGACGACUCAACGAGAUAUGGCAAGACAGCAUUUGGAUAUUUUGCGACGACGACGUGCAGGAGAAAUGAUUCCACGCGUGGAGGAUUCAGAACCAGGGGAGGAAGGAUCAGAAACAGAGGGAGUCGACAUUGAUUUCAUCGGUCAUCCAAACUAUGACAUUUUGCCUGCUGGUUCACUGCAUUCUUCCAGCGACACAGACCACGAGAUCCAGAAAGAGCAAGAUCAACAAGAUGAGGACGAAUUCGUCGUUGAGGACCCUUCUGGCAGACUCGGACGCCCACACCCUGACAUUCCCCUGCAAUUCACCUCUUUUGCAUCUUCAAAGCCUCGAGAAUUGUUUCCCCAUAUAAUUGAGUGGCUGGUCAAGAACAAGAUUGCUCCGGCUUUCUCACGCGACGAUGAACUGUACAACCUAGCAUUUGCUCGGAUAGAUGACCAGGUGAAGGCUCAAGCAGGGAGCAGGCUUAUCUCCGCUGCAUGGGGGCCCGAGUUCAAAAGGGCGAUCCUCGCUAGACCGAGCAUGAAAGUGGUUGCGCUUCCUGGUGAGGACGAGGACAAUAUACGCAAUUGCGACGCAUGCAACCGCAGCGGCCACCCAGCUCGGUACGAGUUCAUGUUUUCAGGCCAGCCAUACUUCAAGAAGACGCUAGAGCCCGUGGACAAUUCAGAUGAUGAAGAAGAAAGCUAUGGCGAUGACGACGUGAGCCGCGAUGAGAACGGACAUGUACUAACUUCAGAGAGCCGUCGCUUCUAUCUCGGCCGCUUUUGCGCUGCCAAUGCCGAAAUGGGUCAUAAGUUGACUCACUGGAAAUACCACCUCAACGAGGCCGUGAUGGCGUACCUGGAGGAACAAGGCUUGCUGUCUGCGGAGGCGAUCAUUGCGCGCGAGAAGUUGAACAAAAAGAAACGCGAAAAGGAGGCCGAGAAUAUUGUCGACAGCAUGGGCGCGACGGGCGUGAUUGGUGAAUUCUGGGCGGAUUUCGACAACGACCUCAACGACGCUAGGUUGGGCAUGGAAGAUUAUGAAAAGAAAGGAGGCCGUUCAAGGGGCCGGGUCGGUGCGAUCAGGUCCAAGGGCAAUGGAUUGGUCAGAGAGUGGGCGGGAGACAAGUAUCGUAUUACCAAGGCCGCCGAGUCUGAUUCCGAGGGAUAA